UGUAAGAAAGGUAGAGUAAAGAGUGCGGGGCGGAGGUGUGGGUGUGAAGCUGUGAAGAAGAGAAAAGAAGAAAAAGAAGGACAAGAAAAGGAGAGGAUAAAAGAGAUGAUGAUGAUGAUGAGAGUGAUGAUGACUGUUGGAGGGAAGGGGUAUGGGUGCUGAUGAACCUGGACCAACCAGCGGACGACUUCCCUUUGGCCAGUUCCCGCUGCCCCCUUCAACAGCACACUGCACCGCACCGCACGAAAAAUGCCCACAUGUGCCGAGAAAGAAGAGUACGUGCCUCCCUGACUGGCUGACUAGCUCAAGGCGCCCCAAUUGGCCAGUACACGCAACAGACACACGUCCGUCCGCCCGUAUGCCCAUACGCAUGGGGCACGGCGACCGAAACCAUGUCCCAGGGCUAUGAUAAUACACAUAAACAGC